ACCUCGAUCACCUCGCUAUCUCUUGGUCGUGAGAGGAACCGCGUGCAAGCCCCGCGUCUGUGCAGAAGCCGCGUCCGGACUUAGUUUGCACGAAGCCCGUCCAGUAAACAAUUCGGCUUUCGAAUGGCGAAAUCGCCUUCGCCCUGGGACUUUCACUUCCGGCCCAGACCGGCUGAAGAUGCGUCUUCUGAGUGAGCUGAGGCUGUCCGUCCUCGCCCCGGCCCUCUUCUACCUCCUUCUUCUACUCCUCGCCCUACGCUCCUCGGUGCCCCUCAGGCCCAAGAAGCUCGACCUCGACACCAUACUCGAACGGAUGAGGAAGAAGAAAUUCGAAGUGAAAGAGGCAAUCGUCGAAUACCAGGAGGUCAACAGGACCCUACCUCCCGUCCAACUGCUAACAGUAAUUUUCAAAAGGGCAGAUAGAGACAACAACAGUCGACUUACUGUGAAAGAACUGUCCGACUAUAUCCACCACAGGACAAAGACUCACAUAGAGCAGGCGACGAAGGAGAACUAUGGCCUUUUCAUGUCAAUCGAUAAAUCGCCUCGGAACGGUGUUGUGACAUGGGAAGAGUACCAUGCUUACUUCCUUGAGAAGAAUGGACUCGACAAGGACUAUAUAAAGAUGCACACAGAGAAGCACCAGGGCCUUGGUAGGUCGUUGAAAGAGGCGAUCGCUCGCGACAAGGCAUCGUGGUAUGAGGCGGCCAAAAGCGACCCGGAUUUCCUCACGCUCGACGAAUUCCUGACGUUCCGACAUCCCGAGUCGAGCCAUACGACCAUACUGGCCAUCGUCGACGACCUUCUCGACAAGCUAGAUAGAGAUGGCGAUGAACUUCUCACCGAAGAAGAGUUCGCCAUGCUUCAAGUCAGUGGCAGCGAGACAGUUGUAUCUCAAGGCGAAGCGCAACGGCGCGAAGAGUUCAGAAAUAUAAUCGACAUCGAUAAAAAUUCAGUUGCAGACAGAAAAGAGCUUAUCAAAUACAUUGAUCCAAAGAACCCAAGACAUGCCAGGGAGGAAGCGGAGACGCUUAUGACCCUCGGAGACACCGACAAAGACGGCCAGCUCUCCCUCGACGAAGUCCUGUCCAAAAUGGAUCUCUUCCUUGGAUCCAAAAUGGUCAACACUGCUCGUAGCUUCCAUGACGAGUUUUGAUACGGUGGCGCAAACAUCUACCAGAGACAAUAAACUUUUUUUUAUAAAGGCUUUGCACAAAACAUCAAUGCCGACAAUAGUCUAAAAAAGUCAAUAAUUAAUUUUCAAACAAUAAAAAUUAUAUUAUUCUAUUUAAUA